AUGCUCAGCCACGCUAGACCAAUCACAAAUUCAAUAAGCGAGCCGCCUCUACCGCUCGUCGUUCUUCUGUUCCUUCUCUUCUUUCUCCUGGCACUCACGUCGUUGUCGUCCGCCAUCGUAACUCAGUCGAAGCCUCCUGAGACUCUGCCCUCGGAGCAGCCCACCUCAAGGCGGAGAGGCGCUAGCCACAAGCGAAAAUCGACCUCCAUUAACAGUGGCGGUGGUUCAACUACUCAAGCCAUUUCAUCCAAGCGCCAGGCCAGAGAGAAGACAUUUCCGGUGCCAUUUCUUCUGAUCCACCACAAUGGACCAUUCACUAGGGCGCGGGUGCAGCCGAACAACAAUGGUGUGUCGGUGGUGGAGCCAACAGAGCGAGUUCGCAUAGAAACCUCAGUUAAGAAAGAGGAUUCGAUUGAAGUGAUCGAAAAUUGGGAAGCUUUUGAGGCGAAGAUUGAGGAUGAUUAUGUCGGCAUUAGAUCGACAGAUGCAAAUGUCCAUGUGGUGCCUACUCAUGCUGGUUAG